AUGUAUGCGGCGUCUUCGCAGCAGCAGUAUCCUAAGGAGUACAGCAUUUUCGUUGGAGAUCUUGCUCCCGAGACAUCCAACUCGGAUUUGGUUGCUGUUUUUCGUAAUCCUUUCAUUCGACCGUUUCUUAGCUGUAAGAGCGCCAAGAUUAUGCUCGACCCAGUCACAGGCGUUUCUAGGGGCUAUGGCUUUGUUCGCUUUACCGAUGAGGCUGACCAGCAACGCGCUUUGAUCGAAAUGCACGGACUUUACUGCCUCUCUCGACCAAUGCGUAUCUCUCCGGCCACUGCAAAG